GUGGAAUCGGACCUGAAUUCACUAAAAAUUAGUCUUCGUUGGUAGCUCAAGAUGGCUGACUUCCGUCGCAAUAUUAAAGAAUCAUUUUUUGACACUACAUCGUUAUGUUGGUGACGUUUUCCAAUUUUCCUAUUUGUCACAUGUCACAUCACAACCUAAAAAAGACAAUUUAUUUUAAAGGUUGAUUUUUCCAUUUGAUAGCAUAAAAAAUUCAGAUUUACAAUGGAUUCGAUAAAUUUAAGGAAAAUUUUUGAUGAAACAUGCGUUCGCCACGGAAUUCUGGUGCUUUUAUGGUUAGAAUUCGUAUGGGAAACUUAUCUAUCAAUCAGACAGUUCAAAAAAGCCAAAGCAGCCACUGAAGUUCCAGACGUUCUUAAAAAAGUAAUGGAUAAAGACGAAUUCGAAAAAGCUAGGCAAUAUUCUUUGGCGAAACUCAAAUUUGGGUUCAUCAAAGAUACGCACGGAAUAAUACUUACUACUAUUAUAAUUUAUUACGGAUUUUUAGCGUAUGCUUGGGAUUAUGCUGAUUUUAUAAAUCCAGUAAAGGGUGAGGUUACCAACAGUUGUAUUUGGUUGUUUAUUGUAUCGCUCGUUUCUACUAUCAUCGAUUUACCUUUAACGAUUUACCAUACGUUCGUAUUGGAGGAGAAAUUCGGUUUUAACAAACAGACAGCAGGUUUCUUUGUUUGGGAUAAAAUAAAAGCAUUCCUAGUCAAUCAAAUUAUAACUCUAAUGAUAUCUUCAGUUAUCAUUGUUAUAAUCAAAAGUGGUGGACCAUAUUUCUUCAUAUGGUUGUGGUUAGUUGUAUGCAUUAUUUCUAUGCUGUUAUUAACUAUUUACCCAGCUGUAAUAGCCCCUCUUUUCGAUAAAUACACACCUUUACCUGAAGGAGAACUAAGAACUGAAAUAGAAUCCCUUGCUUCACAGCUAAAAUUCCCUUUGACUCAAUUGUAUGUUGUAGAAGGUUCUAAAAGGUCUUCACACAGUAAUGCUUACUUCUAUGGUUUAUUUAAAUCAAAGAGAAUAGUUUUAUUCGACACUUUAUUAGCAAAAGACGACGGCACUGGGUGUCAAAAUGAUGAAAUUCUAGCAGUAUUAUCGCACGAAUUAGGACAUUGGAGUUAUAGUCAUAUUAUAAAGAAUUUGAUACUGAUGCAAAUUAAUUUGUUUCUAUUAUUUCUAGGAUUUUCUAUUUUGUUUAAAUACCCUCCUCUUUACGAAGCACUAGGAUUCCAUAGCGUCCGGCCUGUAUUAGUAGGUCUUUUCGUUGUUUGUAGUUACGUAAUGAUACCUUACAAUACUAUGCUCAGUUUCCUGAUGACUUGUUUGUCGAGACGGUUUGAAUUCCAAGCUGAUCAUUUCGCUGUAAAAUUAGGUAAAGCUGAACCCCUGGAGAGGGCGCUGCUUCAGUUGAACAAAGAUAAUCUAGGGUUCCCGAUUAAUGAUAAUUUGUAUUCGGCUUGGCAUCAUUCUCAUCCUCCUUUGUUGGAAAGGAUUUCUGUUUUACGACAGAGCGCCGUUAAAACUAAAUAGACUGAUUUUUUGUAACUGUACCUUUUUACCAUUACCUAAAUCUGUAAAUGUUCCAAAUAAUAUCUUUAUUAAUUUUAUGUUUACCAGUAGGUUUAACCUUUAAGCACAUACAAAUUUUUUAUAUUUACUUAAUUAAAAAACUUGUCAGGAUAAUGUAA